UUAGGCAGUGCCACAAUGCUCUGUGUGACCAGAAUUGUAUUGUCAUUACAGGUUCUAAUCAAAGUCCAUGCCUGUGGUGUCAACCCCGUAGAGACCUACAUUCGCUCUGGCACCUACAACCGGAAACCCGCGUUGCCCUACACCCCAGGCACCGAUGUGGCAGGGGUCAUCGAAUCUGUUGGAGACAGUGUAUCUGCUUUCAAGAAAGGGGACCGGGUUUUCUGCUCCAGCACAGUUUCUGGCGGUUAUGCAGAGUUCGCUCUGGCAGAGGAUCACACUGUCUACACCCUCCCCGAGACGCUGGACUUCAAGCAGGGCGCUGCACUUGGGAUCCCAUACUUUACAGCCUGCAGGGCUCUGUUCCACAGGUGAGGGACGCUGUUGCUCACAGACAAGGCGGGCAACUCUGCCCACCUGUUUGCUGCCUGUACCGUGCCUGCUUGUCAUUCACCAUAAAACCUAUCUGGGGUCAUGACAGUUAUGGAGAGGGCAGGAGUUUGAUCAUUUUGAGGAAGAAAGAGGGAAUGAAUCCCUUGAAUGGAGAUGAUUCUCUCAAAACCUGGGAAUCAGGAGGGACGUGUUAGAAGAUCCUGAGGUAUCUUUCUGUGUCUUAGUCAUUGUGCUAUUGUUUGGAAGAACCACGAUGACCAUGGCAACUCUUACACAGGGAAGCAUGUGAUUGGGAGUUUGCUAUGGUUUCAGAGCAUUAGUCCACUGUCACUAAGACAGAGGGCAUGGCAGCAGGCAGGCAUGGUGCUGCGGCUAAGAGUG